AUGUCGAGCAAACAAGGACGCGGAGACUCCUCUCAAAACCGCGGCCGUGGGAGUGGACGCGGCGGCGAUCGCGGCAGAGGCGAUCGCGGCAGAGGUGGUGGUCGGGGUGGAGGCCCUUCUGAGGCCCCAGCGACUAUGGAGAUUCCAAUUCGAUCAGGUCCUCCCCGAGGUCGCGGCGAUCGAGGCGGUAGAGGUGAGUUCAGAGGUCGAGGCGGCGACUCGAGAGGACGAGGUGGGAGAGGGGACUUCCGAGGCAGAGGCUCUGGUAGAGGUCGAGGCCAGGCCAGAAUUUACACGGCUCCUGGCGGUGUCCCCGAACCCGAUCUCGAAGUCGAGAAGAUUGAGAAUCGCAUCGAGAACGAGGUUUUGAAGACGAAGCCUGCUGGUUCCGAUCGUGGGAGUCUGUUUCCUCUUCGUCCAGGAUUUGGAACUCAAGGACAGAAGGUGCUUUUGUAUGCGAACUACUUUGAGUUGUCCACCGACUCAAAGCAGGUUCUGUUCCGCUACAACACGGAGAUCCUGCCGGACCAAGCCGGACGCAGACCAUCUCAGAGGAAGGCAAAGCAGAUCAUCCAGCUAUUCCUCGACCAGCAUCUGCUUCAGUACCAGAAUAGCAUCGCCAGCGACUACAGAUCAACUGUAAUCUCGCAGAUCGAGCUUCCUCUGCAACCGGGAAGUUACGACGUUCAAUGCAGGGCUCCAGACGAAGAUGAACCCCCCGCGAACCCACAGAUAUACCACGUUCGCCUUCAGUUCACCGGAAAGCUUAUGGUAUCGGAACUCCUGGAUUACCUGACCUCGUCAAACGCGAGCGCCGUUUUUCAAUCAAAGGAAGAGUUGCUUCAAGCCCUGAACAUUGUGAUGGGACAGUACCCUAAAAAGGAACCACUUAUCGCCUCCGUUGGCGCCAACAAGCAUUUCAGCUUGCAGCCAGAUGAGCAAGACAGACUCUCUCUUGGUGGAGGAUUGGAGGUGCUGAGGGGUUUCUUCGUCAGUGUUCGUGCUGCAACCGCGCGGCUUCUUGUUAACGUUCAGGUGAAAAACAUCGCCUGUUACGAGGCAGGAGAAUUGAAGGCACUAAUCGGUGCCGUCAACCUCUCCAAUACUUACAAGCUCGAGGGUUUCCUCAAAACCCUACGCACGGACGAGAUUUACCUCACCCCCCCUAGGGUACGACAGCACGGUGCCGGCCCGCGACAUGUGGAAUUCUGGCUUGAGAGUCAGGGCCCGGGCCAAGGUUCCGGUGAACAGUCCAGCAGUAAGGCUAAAGGGAAAGGCAAGAAAGGGAAGAAGCCGGCCAAAGCUGGACCAGAACAAGCAGGAAGAUAUAUCAGUGUUGCAGACUACUUUUUGCAGAAACACAACAUCGCGUUGGAUCCAAAUGUUCCGGUCAUCAACGUUGGAACCCGCCAAAAUCCCUCGUACCUGCCGGCAGAAGUGUGUAUUGUUGAACCGGGACAGCCUGCAAAUACGAAAUUGAGUCCUCAGCAGACUCAGAAAAUGAUUCAGUUUGCAGUGCGCUCACCAGGGGAGAACGCCGAUUCCAUCGUGAAUAAUGGCACCCAAGUACUCGGCAUUCAGCCUCGACUUAACGAUAUACUUUCCACCUUCCGUCUGACGCCGAAAGCGGGUUUAAUCACGGUUCCAGGCCGUAUUCUUGACGCUCCCCGUGUCUCUUACAGGGGGCAGAAAGAGAUUACGCCCUCGGAUGGAAAUUGGAACAUGCGCAGCAUUAAAUUCGCCAGGGCCGCCCAGCUGCCAUCCUGGACAUACCUCAUCCUGGAUUCGGCAAGGACGACGAAGUUCUGGCCAUCCAAAGAGGCUUUCACGGGCACACUGGGCGAAUUCAGAAGUAAACUGGUCGAGUUGGGGAUUGAAGCGUCACAACCGGUGGACGGAGCCCAAGUCCCCUUCGCACCGAACGAUAGCGAGACGGUAGUCAAGGAGAAGAUCGAAAAGGCCGUCAAUGACCUUGUUGAAAGGGUGAACCCUCGUUUUAUUCUCGUCGUUCUGCCCGCCAGGGACACGGUUCUGUAUAAUCACAUCAAGCUCGUCUGCGACGUCAAAAAGGGAGUCCGUCACGCCUGCGUGCUGGCCGAGAAGUUCUCCAAGCCCCGGAAUGACCAGUACUUUGCUAACGAGGGGCUCAAAGUCAAUCUGAAGCUUGGCGGGGUGAAUCAGCUUUUGUCGGAUAGUCAGCUUGGCAUCAUCGCACAGGGACGGACCAUGCUUGUCGGGAUCGAUGUCACUCACCCGUCGCCGGGAUCGGCGUCAUUCGCUCCCAGUAUCGCGGGCAUCGUGGCGUCGGUGGACCGCCAGCUUGGUCAGUGGCCGGCUGAUAUCAAGAUUCAGGCCGCGAGGCGAGAAAUGGUGGCCGACCUCGAUGCUCUACUAAAGUCUCGUCUCCAACUCUGGGCCCAGCACAACAAGGGCGCCUACCCGGAGAACAUCAUUGUCUAUCGCGACGGGGUUUCGGAGGGGCAGUACGAAAUCGUUCUCGAGAAGGAACUGCCCCUGCUCAAGGAGGCGUGCAGAGAGGUGUAUCCUGCAUCCGACACGGCCAAGGGUCUGCCUCGAAUGUCGAUCGUCGUGGUCGGCAAACGACACCACACGCGAUUCUACGCCACCACCGAGGAGAUGGCGGACGAGAGGUCCAAGAACCCGCCGAACGGCACCGUGGUCGACCGCGGCGUCACCGAAGCCAGGAACUGGGAUUUCUACCUGCAGGCGCACAAGGCACUGCAGGGCACCGCUCGCCCAGCGCAUUACUUCGCGGUCUGGGACGAGAUCUUCCACAAGCAGACGCCGCGACAGCCAUUCCUCAACGCGGCCGACAUCCUCGAAGAUCUGACGCACCGGCUGUGCUACCUCUUCGGCCGCGCGACCAAGGCCGUCAGUAUCUGCCCGCCAGCGUACUAUGCCGACCUGGUCUGCGAACGGGCACGCUGCUACCUCAGCCACGUCUUCGACGCGACUCCGGAACAGACUCCUGCCAGCAGCGUCAUUGAGGGCGAGGGACGUGAGCAGACGCCGGACUUUAAAGACGUCAGGAUCCACCAGAACGUGCGCAACGCGAUGUUUUACAUUUAA